UACUCAGGCUGACAGUGAGAGAGAACUAAGCUUGGUGUUGUCCUUCACUGCCUGAGCUCUUCCUUCUUUUGAAACCUGACUGAAGACACCCCACUUGGUGGAGAUCUACCUCUUUUUGAAUUUUAGCCAGCUGGUCAACAUGUUGCUUCGGACUCCUGCUUUGCUCCUCCUCUGUGUGUCCAUGGGCAUGAGUGCCACUUUGGGUUACUACCAAACUGAAGCCACUGAAGAGGGGGAAGCUGCUGCUUUAAACACCCAAGCUGCUCCUCUAGAUUCUGCUUUGAGUGAUAAAAUAUCAGCAUAUGAUCAGGGAGCUGACCUACCUGAAGUGGACCAAGCCAAAGGGUCAGACACAGACAGGGAUACUCCUGAUGGAGACUCUGCUACUAUUGAAGCUCUUGAAAAGAAAGCUGUUGCCAAGGAGCAGCUUCCAUCUGAAGAGGAGGCUAAUGAGAUCCGGCCCGUCCAGACAAACAAGGCUUUAAAUAAACCCCUGGAACAAGAUGAUGCAAGCAGCUGGAGCCUCAACUCCAUAAGAGAUAGCUUCCAAACUGUGAACGGAUACUUUGACUCCCUGGUUGAGCUGGUCGGGGGACACAAUGGUGUCUGUGAAUACCGCUGUAGAUAUGGAGAACUGCCACUUCCUCGGCCUGGCUACAAGCACCAAGAACCCAAUGGCUGCAGCUCUUCGCUGGUGGGAUUGCAGGUGAAUGCUGCUCUUGAUGUGGGAAUCCCUGCAAUGACAAAGUGCUGUAACCAGCUGGAUAUGUGCUACGACACCUGCGGUGUGAACAAGUACGAUUGUGAUGCCAAGUUUCGCUCAUGUCUUCAUGGCUUCUGCUCUGACCUGAAGAAGAGUCUGGGCUUUGUUUCCAAAGUACAAGCUUGUGAAUCUAUGGCAGAUGCCCUCUACAACACAGUGUGGACUCUGGGCUGCAGGCCUUACAUGAACAGCCAGAGGGCAUCAUGUGUCUGCGAGGGAGAGGAGAGGGAUGAACUGUGACAGACAGAACACUGUAUUUCUCAAAAAUAACAGAGUAAUGGAUGUUUCUGCAUAUUACCAUUCCUUACAUAUGACCACUCAGGAAAUGUUCAGAGUAUCUGAAGUGGGAUUCGGUCAAAAGGCUUUAAGAAGUAAACUUUUGGUGACUUUACUAGACAUGAAUCCAGAUUAGUUGGUUCCAGAGACUGAAGCGUGCAUUUAGCCCAAAAAUAGCUGAGCCAAGACAGAAUCCCUCUCCUUUAUAUCAAACCCAGUCUCUAAAAUAGCCAAGUUAAUUACGCUAAGAUUAUUUGGACAAAAAAUUUACGUUUUUGUUGAGUUUUAUUUAAGUAAACUGCAGCAAAGAUAUUAUUGACAGCAGUUCUUAUUCCUUUAAUGGAGAGGUGUCAUAGGGCAUUCAUUCUAAGUGCUACAGUAUGGAAUCCGGUACCAUUAGCAGAUUAUUGCAAACAGUUUCAACUAAAAAUGUUCAUACAUAUUGUAUUAGCAGAGAUUAACUGUUUAAACUUUCACAAGGAGCUGCUGUUAAACCUAUCAUAGUUAUUUAGGGUUAAUCUCUUUAUCAUCGACCAAGGAAAGAUCACUACUGUACAUGCAAAAAGCCCUAUGAAGUAGACUGGGGAAAAUGUUGUAAACAGUUCAUACUGUUAUAUCAAAAAAGGAAUCUUGACAUUCAAUAUAAACCAUAAGUUAAUGUAAUAUCAGAACACUGACAAAAGGCCAACUACAGACAGAUUCAAGCAGUAAUUUUCAUUCUUUAUUUUAGGUUUAAUCUGUUAAAUCUUGAUAGCUCAGCAAAUGGCAAGAAUCAGUUGUUACACCCCACAACCAUUCAAUCAUUAGGGGGGAAGAGUGCACCUACGAUCUCACCGAGAGGAACUGUGGUCAAAUAAGUAUAAAUUUGACUUUGUUUGCCUUCAUGUCAAAAGAUACCUUUGCCAGAAUCAGUCAAUAUGCAUCACUUCAACAUACAGUAACAGGACGGUUAGCAGCUUUAUGCAUCAGUUUCUAACAUUCAUUAAAUGCAGCUGGCAGUUAUAACUAAUUCUACCAGUAAAUGUUUGGAUUUUGCCACAAGCUUUCCAUCAUGGGACUGCACAGAAAAUUAGACUUUGUGCUUUAACACAGGUAUCUUGGCUUUAUGAAAAAUUUCCCUUUGGUUUCCUGAUAAGCUGAUGUGGUCGGUUGAAAAAUUUGUAGGUUUAGCACAGUGACAAAGAAGUUAUAUGGUGGGGAAAAUAGCAAAAAAUUUAACAAGGGCCUCCUGUGAACAUGCAGACUUCUAAUAUCUACUUAUAUAACAUCAUAAUGCAUAGAUAUUAUUUCCCUCUGAGUAAAGUUUUGUAGAAAAUACAAAAUAAAAUGACUUUCCCCAGUAA